AUGGCUACAGACUACAAGACAUUGGCGGGCCAGGAGUUCGAUCGAGCUGCUUUUGAAUCACUUCUUCGACGCAAAGUGUUCCUCUGGCAAUCGUUCGAGCCGUAUGGAGCCACCAAAGGUCUCUUCGACUAUGGCCCUCCACUUGAGACGCUGGAAGCCGAAGUGAUCAACAUUUGGCGUGAUCAUUUCAUUCGACAUGAAAAGAUGAUGGCGUUGAAGUGCUCAAUGUUGACUCCUUACAACGUCCUCAAGACCUCUGGUCAUGUCGACAAAUUUGCCGACUUCAUGUGCAAGGAUCCCAAGACUGGUGAAAUCCUGCGUACCGACCAUCUUAUCAAAGACGUUAUUGAGACACGCUUGAAAGGUGAUCGCGAAGCUCGUGGCGAAAAGAUCGAGGAGGUCGAUGACCCAAAGAAGAAGAAGAAGGCGUCCAAGGCCGCCAAGACUGCCGUCAAACUCGACGACAACGUCAAACAAGAGUAUGAGCACCUGUUGGCAACGCUCGAUGACUGCACUGGUGAUGGCAUGGGAGCAUUGAUCAAGAAGCACGACAUUCGGAAUCCAUCCUCUGGUAACGAAGUCGAACCACCUGUCCCAGUCAAUCUCAUGUUCCAGACUCAGAUUGGUGCUUCUGGCAAGGAGCCUGCCUUUCUCCGGCCAGAGACUGCACAGGGCCAGUUCCUUUCAUUCCAGAAAUUGCUCGAGUACAGCGAUGGUCAGCUGCCUUUCGCCUCAGCGUCGAUUGGAUACUCUUUCCGAAAUGAGCUUUCUCCUCGCUCGGGACUUUUGCGUGUGCGAGAAUUUCUCAUGGCGGAAGUGGAGCAUUUCGUCGAUCCACUGAGCAACAAGCAACACCCCAAAUUCCAUCUUGUAAAAGAUGUCAAACUUCCCCUGCUCUCACGAACAGUCCAGUCUGAGGGCGGAUCAACCCCGGUCGAUAUUUCAAUCGGUGAAGCGGUCGCCUCAAAGUUGGUAGACAAUGAGACAUUGGGCUAUUUCUUGGUUCGCAUUAUGUUGUUCAUGGAGAAAAUUGGAAUCGACAUGAAGAAGCUGCGUUUCCGUCAGCACAUGGCCAACGAAAUGGCUCACUACGCUGCUGAUUGCUGGGACUGUGAGCUGCUCAGUUCUUAUGGCUGGGUCGAGUGUGUUGGUUGCGCCGAUCGGAGUGCUUAUGACUUGAGCGUGCACAUGAAAGCUACAGGUGUUCCACUACAGGUCAAGGAGACGCUUAAGGAGCCAGUACGUGUAGAAGAAUGGGUAGCCCAACUAGACAAGAAGAAAUCUGGCCCUCUUUUCAAGAAGGACGCCGGAAAGAUACAAGCGGCACUCGACGCACUGAGCCAGGAUCAGCGCGAAGAACUUGGUGGGAAACUACAGAAAGAGGGUAGUGCCGAGCUCGAAGUGCCCGACAUUGAGAGCAAACUGGCCAAAUUGUCGCUGGACAUUGUAAAGGUCGAAAAAGAAAGUCGCGUUGUCACCACCCGAGAGUACAUUCCGAAUGUCAUCGAGCCCUCGUUCGGCGUUGGCCGCAUCCUCUACAGUUUGAUGGAGCAUGUCUACUGGACUCGCGACGGCGAUGCUGCACGAUCGGUGAUGUCCUUCAAGCCAACUGUGGCACCCGUCAAAGUGCUCGUCGUCCCGCUGCAAAAGGACGCCCGUUUCGCUCCGCUCAUCGCGCAGCUCGAGCAGCGCCUAGACGAGGACGCCAUGUCAUUCAAGCUUGAUCAAUCCGGUGUCAGCAUCGGCAAACGCUAUUCGCGUAACGAUGAGCUGGGUAUUCCUUUCGGCAUUACCGUCGACUACCAGAGUCUCGAGGACAACACAUUUACUCUACGUGACCGAGACUCUACUAAGCAGGUCCGUGCUAGCCUCGAUCAAAUCCUCGAGGCUGUGGUCAAAAUGGUACGUGGCAAGGAGGUCUGGGCGGAUGUAGAAAAGCGUCUGCCGUCAUUCGAGAGCAAGGAUGAGGACAAGGAAGAGGCGUGA